AUGAGGCUGGAUAAUUUGCAGGCUCAAGGGCCGACCAUGAACCAGCCAAGUUCCGGCCAGCAGAUCAUAUUGAAGGUUUCCGCGUCCAUGGUCGCCGGCGGAUCCUUUUUUCUCCUCUCUGCCUUCAUUCUGAUCGGAACCAUCGUCACCCUCACGUUGGUCACGCCGCUGAUUGUCAUAUUCAGUCCUGUUCUGGUACCGGCCGCGAUAACAGUGUUCUUGAUCAUGGCGGGAUUUAUCGCAUCCGGCGGUUUAGGGGUAGCGGCUCUGAUAGUUCUUUCAUGGAUCUACAAAUAUAUGACGGGGAAGCAUCCAUCGGAUUCGGAACAGCUAGAGUAUGAAAUAUGA